UGAGGCUGCCUAGUACCUAGCUAAGAGGGAAGAGUAUGCUCGCCAUCGUAUAGCGCUUGCAUUAUGUUGCAUCGGCGUUGAUGGCGUUCAAUGGGUUAUACCCACGCGGCAAGCAUGAUGAAUGGCUGUUGUUUUCGAAGCUCGCCGCCUGCAAUGUAUGGUAUGAUCGAAGCCCUCGCUUCACGCAGGGCGGACGCUUAGAUGCGUCCUUUAAACGUUCGACAAACACUUCGACGUUGUUUCCGCGCUCCCAGGGGGCCGCACUCCCAUCCUGAGCGGUCACUUUGGUCGUGCCUUCCUUUUACGUGAAGCACAACUCGAUCAACUAAUAAGUGUUG